UGGAGUUUUCCAAGAACCUCCGAGCCCACUGAGCAUGCUCCUUCUGCCCCGUUUGUCUCCACAGAGAAGCGUCAGGACAAUGGCAGGGUGUAUUUCGUCAACCACAACACACGGACGACGCAGUGGGAUGAUCCUCGGACCCAAGGGAUGAUCAAGGAGCACCCCCUGCCCCCGGGCUGGGAGAUGAAGUACACCGCCGAGGGAGUCCGAUAUUUCGUGGACCACAACUCGCGCACCACCACCUUUAAAGACCCUCGACCUGGGUUUGAGUCAGGGUCACGGCAGGGCGGUUCACCAGGCGCUUACGACCGCAGCUUCAGGUGGAAAUACCACCAGUUCCGUUUCCUGUGCCAUUGUUGUAUGUUGCUGUUAGGUCCCUGCAGGAUGACAGCCUCGUGUCUUCCUCUCGUGCAUUCACGUCCUCUUCUCUUCUUCCACAGGGAGUGGUUCUUCCUGCUGUCCCAUGAAGUCCUGAAUCCCAUGUACUGCCUGUUUGAGUAUGCUGGCAAGAACAACUACUGUCUGCAGAUCAACCCGGCGUCCUCCAUAAACCCCGACCACCUCACGUACUUUCGCUUCAUCGGUCGCUUCAUCGCUAUGGUGAGCUGUAUUGAAAUCGCACAAAAAAAACAAAACAGUUCUUUUGUUACAUCUGAGACCUUUUUUUUCUCUUUUCAUUAUGUGUGCGUCUGUGUUUUCAGAGAGAACAACCUGGAGGAGUGCGGUGUGGAGCUCUAUUUUGCACAGGACAUGGAGAUCCUCGGGAAGGUUUCCACUCACCAGCUGAAGGACGACGGGGAGAACGAGCUGGUCACCGAGGAGAACAAGGAGGAGUACAUCAGAACUCAGAAAAGAGGAACAGAAGGGAAAGAGUUCAUGAGCCAAGAGAAAAAACCCCAAAACAAGCUGGUGGGGGUAGUUGAAACUCUAAAUUUUAAAGUAGCCCCCCCGUCUUUGUCCUUUUUGCAGCUGAUGCUUUGUGGGAUGCAGGAGAUCGAUUUGGCCGACUGGCAGAAGAACACCAUCUACAGACAUUACACCAAGAACAGCAAGCAGAUCCACUGGUUCUGGCAGGUGGUGAAAGAGAUGGACAAUGAGAAGAGAAUCCGUCUGCUUCAGUUUGUAACAGGAACCUGUCGGCUGCCCGUCGGAGGCUUCUCCGAGCUCAUAGGUACCGACUGCGUUUACAGGGACAGGAGCGUCCUGGUUAUGAGGAUUCUCCUGGUUUUAAUACUGUUCUUCAAUCGUCUGGAUCUGCCUCCCUACCGAAGCCUGGAACAGCUCAGAGAGAAGCUCCUGUUCGCCAUCGAGGAGACGGAGGGAUUUGGACAGGAGUGAGGCGAGGCGAGGCGAGGCGAGGCGAGGCGGCAGAGACGGACGACACUUAAAUCGACGAAUAGUUUUUUGUUAUUGGUCUUAUUUUGCGUUUGUUUGUUCAUCACAGGGCUGAGGAGUCACCUGUCAGCUAAACAAGCCCUCACCUGGGCGAGGAUCAUGUUAGCGAGCUGAAUCAUGGGAUCAGGCUUGAGGCACAGAAACACAGACGAGUGAAUGCUUACGUGUGUGUGGGUGUGUGUGUGGUUGCUCAUGUUAAUGCCAUUGUGUAUUUGCAUAUAAAUGGUGUGUAUGUGUGUGGAUUAAACAGGAUGACCACUCCCCCCCCCUUACUCACCGCUUAGAACUGCACCAAACCCAGACGACAUGAUAGUUGUAAUGUCAGCAGCGACUCACAGCGACAGCACAGCUACCCGCAAAUGCAGUAUAACAUAUCUACCAGAGAGACGUACAUUUUAAGCAUAUUAAAGCAGCGAGACGGCAGCGUGUGAGAGGAAGCUGUUAUCGUGAACUAGUGCGCCUCUGUUACAGAGGUCAGAGAGAUGAGAUGCGAUUUUAUUUUUUAUUUUUUCUGUUAAUUGUGAAAUUCAGUCGAUUUCUCCUGUAUAUAACUCAAAUAAAUGAGAUUUCAGUCAUAAGAUGUUUGGGUGACGCUUUCUUUUUAAAAUGCUUAAUCCAGUGUGAGUGACGUAGGUUCGGCGUUAAUUGGUUUACUGUGCCGUGCAAACAAUUCGAGCCACACUUUGUUUCUUUAUUAUCAGACUUUCUUUUUUAAAGUGCUCUUGAGCAAUCGUUCUGAAGGUUUUUCACAGCUUUUCUUUGGACACUGGCGGCUUUUUCACUUGAACCUGAUCAUUUCUUUUGUUUGUUAAGCUACUUGACACCGAACUCUGAGUCAUUCAAGAAUAAAAAAGCACCUAACUCAACCAGUACCAGACAACUUGGCAAAGAAACAUUUUAAAUGGUAUCUUUAGGCACUUUGGUACUAGGAGCAUGUCGCAAAGACACAUAAUUUGUUCCCAUUUCUUUUGUUGAAUUUAUGAAAAAUAUCAACAAUAACACAGUUUGACAAACACAAGCAAACCUCCCACACUAUCAGUCAUGGAGUGGCCUCUCCAGAGCUCGGAUCUCAAUAUUAUUGAAGCAGUGUGAGAUCAUUCUGACAGAGGACGGAACAAAAAGGCAGCCGACUUCCAAACAGGAGCUUUAAAUGUCCUUCAAGGAGCUCAGAGAGCUACUCCUGAAGAGUGAAAUAACAUGAAAGCAGCCUCAGAGUUCAAUCUAUGGUGAAGUGUAAAGGUGGUCAUCCCAAAUAUUGACUUUCAGGCUCCUUAGAAUUGUACAGAAUUGUACUGUUUUUGCGUUAUAUACUGUAUUUCCAGUUGUAAAUAUGUUUGCACCCAUGAGGGGCGGCUCGAGACUUUUGCACAGAAAUUACAUAAUGACUUACAAUCAUUAAAGUGUAUAUAACUGCUUUACAGAGGAAAAUUCAAAUGAUGAUGGAGGUUAGCAAUGUCCAGAUGUCAGAUUUGAACUUCACAAUAACAAUACUGUACUGUUGAAGAAAGACAAAAUGAUAACCUUACUCAAAAUGUAUUUUUAUGUGUGGUUUAUGAUUAAUUACCCAAAAUAGAAUAUUUAUAAAAACAUGCUUUACAUAGAAAAACUCACCAUGUCACAAUUGCUGUCGUGAUUGCCAUCAUUACUGUAUUUUAAAAAAAUAAUCAGCGAUAUUAUUGAAAUGUUUAGGGAAAA